ACUUUAGAAAAAAAAAAAAAAUGUCACAUAAAAUGGAAGAAAUUUUAAUUUUUCCAAAUUCAUCAGCACCUUCUGUGAUAAAUCAUGAUUUAUUAAUUAAUUUAGUCAUUGAUCAAGGUCCCAAGAAUGAAGCCGGUAAAUUAUUCGUUGAAGAUGAUAUUAAACUAAAUGAAAUAAAGGAAAUAAGAAUUGAACAUCUGAAUAUUUUGAACAUCAGUCAUCUUUGGAUUAUGAGUAAUUUGAUAAUUUUGAAAUUAUCCAGUAAUAUAAUAGAAAAAAUUGAAAAUCUCGAUAAUCUUGUUAAUUUAAAAGAAUUAGAUUUAUCAUUCAAUCGAAUAAAAAUUAUAGAGAAUUUAAAUCAUCUUGUAAAUUUGGAAAUUCUAUUACUUUAUAAUAAUAAAAUUGAAAUAGUCGAGGGUAUAGAUAAUUUGGAUAAACUUCAAAUAAUGAGUCUUGGAAGAAAUGAAAUUAAAUGUCGAAAUCAUGUGAUGUAUUUACGUAAAUUUAACAAUUUGAAAAGUUUAAAUAUGGAGGGAAAUCCAUGUACAAAUGAUGAAGAAUAUUUGGAUUAUUUAAUUGCCUACAUACCUCAACUUGUUUAUUUACAAUAUAAAAUGAUAACUGAAGAUCAACGAAGAAGAUCAAUUGAUAAGCAUUUUCGGGAAAUAAGUAAUCUCAAGGAAAAAGAAGACGAGGAGAAAGAAUUAUUAAAUGCAAAAAAAGCAUAUGAAGAUCACAUUAUUCAAGUUUCCACUUGUUAUGUUGAAUAUUUAGAUAAUGAUCAUUUAUUCGAGCAAAUAUUUAAAAAUGAUAAAGAGGGAAAAGCACUGAUGAAUAUAAAUCGCGAAACAGAAACUGCAUAUGAACAAUAUAAAAUAACAUUUUUAUCAUUUUGUCACGAAUUAUUUGACUAUGGUUUAAAAGAACAGAAACGUAGAAUGGAUGAAAUUGAAAUUUUUGAAAAAACAAUCGAAAAUGGUAAAUAUGAUGCGCAAAAAGAGGCACAACAAUUAAUAGAAGAAAUAUUAGAGAAUAAGUCUUCAAUAUUCGCUCAAGUUACAAAUUUAAUAAAAAACAGUGGAGAAAAUAAUGAUGAAUUCAAAAAGAAUAUUUCUAAAGUAAAAGUAAUUUCCGAAGAAUUCGAUGAUUUAUUACAUAAAACUUGGAAAAAAUUAAUGAAUAAGGAAAUUAUUUUACACGAACAAUUUGAAGAUUUAAAUGAAAUUUUCAAAAUUAACAUGACCGAUAUGAUUGGCUCGUGUUUAGAAACUGCACAAGGAUUUUUUACAAUGAUGAGAAAUGCCGAAAGGGAAUAUAAUGAUAAUUUGAAAUCAUUGGUGACAUUAUUUAUGAAUAGUUUUGGUGAUAAAACAAUGCCACUUGAAUAUCAAGAGAUUUGCGGUUCAAAAGAUAUAAUGAUUAAUAAUUUUGGUGCAUCACACGACAUACAUUUACAGGUAAUUGAUGAUCGUGAAGAUAUUUUUGUGAAUCGAUUAAAAAAUUGGCUAGAUGAAUUAACUGAAAAACAAGUUGAAGAGGAAAAACAAAGACAUCGUAAUCAAAUUUUGGAAAUUUCUCAUUUCUUUGAUUUUCAACGUGAAGAAUUUCAUAAAUUACAACAACUUCAGGAAGGUAUUUUAAUGAAUUAUGAAGAAGAAGUUGAUAAUGAUAAUAAAGAUAUUUCUAAAGAAAGUACAAUCAAUGAAGAAAUUAAAGAAGAUGUUAAAGAAGAUGUUAAUGAAGAUGAGGUUCAUGAAUCCAUUACUAAUGAACACAGUAUUAAGGAAUAUUAUUCCAAUGAAAAUGUUGGAGAAUUUUCUCAUCAAAAUUCGAUUUAUGAUUAUAAUAUUUUUCAAAAUGAAUAAUGACAAU